UCAGCAGCUUAUCGCCACCUCGACCGGAUGCCUCGACCGAAUGGCCUCAGUCGGAGAUCGGUUGUCUGGCCAACCAGAGGAAUGCUAUUGCAGUGGCAACAGAGGCAACAUUAUCGGUCAGUCCUGUAUGCAGCCGAGCCGAGGGUGAAGAGGUCUACUGGCGAGAUGGACAAGCGCUCUCUGAGGCGCCUCCCUUUCUGCCACAUGUUGCUGGCUUCCAUCGGCCUCCUGGCGACCAGACGGAUCAUGAGUUGCCGGCUUGCUCACUCGCAGCGCUGAUCUGCACUCCCAUGCCCUGCACUUCGAUGGCCCCAUUCUCCUCCUCCUCCUCUUCAUCCGCCUCUUCCUCCUCUUCGUCUUCGUCUUCAUCUUCUCAGAGCUCGGUUGAGACGAUUUCGGGUCUGGCGAGGCCGAAUGCCCGACACUCCGGCCGUCGUGAGGUGGUAUCGACUGCCGUCGAGCCUAGUCACUGGGACGCCUCAGAUAUUUGUGUAGAUUCUUCUCGCCCAGAGGGUACACGACCAACAUGUGUCGGCCCUACGAUACACUCGGACCACGUCGAGACUCAGAAGAGUAGCCGAAAGGAGGAGGAGCAAGAGGGGGAGGAGAGGGAGGCAGAGCUGGGGCCUGGCGACUCAAUUGCAAGGAUUGCCUGGUUGCUGGGCAACAACCAUACUGUCGAGGAUUGGGUGGCCACUGAGGCUGAAGACUCAGAGUCUCGUGGGGACGUCGACGAGGACGGGGUACCAGACGAGCCUGAAGGAGAGACGGAGACGGAGGCGGAUGCCGAUGUGGCUGUCAGUGAGUCGGACAGUUCUGGCCGACGACGACGUACAAGAACCAACUUCACCUCGAGUCAACUGGCCGAAUUGGAGGCAGUGUUUCGUGUCAGUCACUAUCCUGUGAUGUACGCUCGCGAAGAGUUGGCCAAACGCCUCGGAUUGGCCGAGUCCAGGAUUCAAGUACGCUUGAGCUGUAUUGCGUUUUAUUUGGAGAGACAGAGCAAGAUAUGGCAUUAA